CUUCUCAAUCUAAAACGGCACAGGAGCAUUGAGUAGGUGACUACACUGUGAAUAAUAGCAUCCAGUGCAACUACUAUUGAAGUUGUUGCACUUCCAAAGUCGAAGAAGUUAUACUGUUUUUCACCACCAUUCCUGUUUGAUCUACUUCUCUCUAUGAGUGAUUGCAAUUUCAUUUCUUCCUCUUCACCUUCCACCUAAGUUUUUUUAAGAAACCAAAACCUCUGAAAAAAUGGCAGACGCAAACCCAGCAUUGGCGAUCACGAAAUUGUGGCGGAUUCGCAAGACUACAUCGGAAAUGCUCGAGGAUAGGGGCUACAUGGUGUCGUUGGACUUCAAAAACGAAACAAGAGCUCAAUUCGAAGAGGCGUACACGAAGGCACAGCAAGAAGGCAUGGGAAGGGAGAGAUUCGUUAUCCUCUGCUGCCACAAAAACGACCCGGAGCAGAAGAUAUUAGUGUACUUGAUACUGACUUACUUUUUUGAUUAUGCUUAAGUGAUACUGGAAUAUCAGAGUUUUCAUGAUAUUGGAAGUCUACACUGUGCAGAUCGUAGUUUCAUUUAUAUACGUGAGACCAUGUUCUUCGAGGUUUAUUUGUGAGUUCUCAUUCCCGAACUUUCCCCUUCUUCCAAAUAUCAGGUACUUCCCCGACGAAAACAAGAAGGUUGGUGUAAAGCCAAUUCGCGUUCUUGCGGAAAAAAUGCAUGACAAUAAGAUCGACCAUGCGAUCUUGGUGGUGCGACAGAGUCUGACACCAUUCGCCAAGUCAGCGAUCGGCGAAACAUUGUCAAAGAUGCGAAUCGAGGUCUUUCACGAAAACGAGCUAGUGGUCAACAUCACAAAGCACGACUUGGUCCCCACGCAUCAGCCACUCACGGACGCAGAGAAGAAAUACUUAUUGCAGAGGUACUAGUAUGACUAUGAAACUGCACUUGUAAUUAACUUAGCACCACUGCGACGACGUCUAAACAUAUUUAUUUUGGGUCUGCUGAUGUACCAUCUAUCAUCUACCCAUCCACAAAUCCAACACGACAUUUACAAAAAAUCAAAAAAAAGGUAUCAGCUGAAGCCUAGUCAGCUUCCCCGCAUCCAGAUGAAUGAUCCGAUUGCAAGAUACUUCGGUCUUCAGCGAGAGGCCGUUGUCAAGGUGAUCCGACCGAGUGAGACAGCAGGACGAUAUGUCACUUAUCGACUUGUGGUUUAAGCUGCUGAGAUCAUUGUAUGGAAUUUUUUUGGGCCUUGAAGAUUGGAGAUGAAGAGAGACCAUCUCAUCUCACUAAAAAUCCUUAAAUGCGCACUAAACGAAGUUGUCUCCCUUAACGAGAUGACUGCAACGAAGUUCUUUCCUAACGGAGCAUAAUUGACGUGAAUACGACACUUAUAUUUGGGCACAGCGCGACGAGACCGAUCGAAUAUCUUGUUUGUGU